AUGGUUCGUGGUAUUGAAGGGAACGAGAUGGCGACGCCUCGGACAUCGUUGAAGAAGGCAACAAGCAGUCAAUCAUCCAAAGGACCGAAGCAGCAAAGUAUAGCAGGCUUCUUCGCCAAACGACCUGCUGGCCAGUCCAACGCUACCACUCCGGCGAAGAGAGAUAUUACAGGCGUAGUCAAACCGCCGAGGUCCAGUGCCGAUCUGACUCCGGCACCUAGCAGUGGCAUCGCAGCAUCUUCUAGUCCUCCAGCAGCACCAGGACCGUCUCAAAGCUCGUUGGGUGAUGGGCGGAACAAGGAGAACGAAACGCCAGGCACAUCGUUCUCGAGCCCGUCACGUAAGGUUAAGAAGCAAGUGAACUACGCAGAGUCAGAUGAUGGUGAAGAUGAGGAGGAAGUGCUCAAGCCAUUCUCCGGCAAUGGACGAGCCAACAAGCGUCGUCGUAUCAGCGUCAAAGACGAGUCGGAUGAUGAGUAUGGUUUUGAUGAGGCCACACAAGCAGCGAUGGAGCAGGAGGAAGAUGCCGAAGCAAUAGACGAUUUCGUCGUUGCAGACGACGAUGAAGAGCAGCCGCCUAAGAAAGCUAAACGACGACCGACGCCGUCUGGCUCGCGAAAGAGCUCAAGCAAGCCUGCAUCGCCACCGGCCCUUACUGUCGAGGAGAGCGAAGAGAUCCCGACAGUCUCGACCGCGCAGCAAUGGAACUUCGAUCCAGAUGCACCACCGCCAACAGAGCGUCGCAAGCCACCACCAAAGAAACAACCCGUUGCCGAUGGGAAGAAGGCCAAGGCUCAUCACACAGACCCAGCAGAUCGCCACCCAUGGCUAGCACAUAUCCAAGACGCUGACCGUCAUCCUCCUGAUCAUCCAGAUUACGAUCCACGUACACUGUACAUCCCUCCCAUGGCCAUAAGCAAGCUUAGCGACUUCGAGAAGCAGUACUGGGACAUCAAGAAGAACUUCUGGAACACCAUUGUCUUCUUCAAGAAGGGCAAAUUCUACGAGCUAUACGAAAACGACGCUACCGUUGGCCACCAGCUCUUCGAUCUCAAGCUCACUGAUCGUGUGAACAUGCGCAUGGUUGGCGUACCAGAAGCCAGCCUCGACCACUGGGCAAAUCAGUUCGUGGCUAAAGGCUAUAAGAUCGCUCGUGUCGAUCAGAUGGAGAGUGCUCUUGCGAAGGAUAUGCGAGAACGUAGCGAUGCAGUGAAGAGUGAUAAGAAGGACAAGGUCAUUCGUCGUGAACUCGCUUCCGUACUCACGUCCGGUACCUUGACCGAUGGCGGUAUGCUUCAGGACGACAUGGCGACGUAUUGCGCAGCCAUCAAAGAGACAGAGAAGGACGGUCGACCUUGCUUUGGCAUCGCGUUCGUGGAUGCUGCUACAGCACAGUUCCAUCUUGCCAACAUAGUGGACGAUGCGGAUAUGACUCGCUUCGAGACAUUUGUCGCACAGACUAGACCCGGCGAGCUUCUGCUGGAGAAAGGUGCGAUCUCAGCUAAGGCGCUUCGCAUACUCAAGAAUAACACCGGGCCCACUACGAUUUGGAACUACCUCAAGUCAGACAAGGAGUUCUUGACCGCGGAUAAGACACGAAUGAAGAUCGAUGGCGAGGGCUACUUCGACAAGUCAGUGGAAGACUCGGUUGACACUUGGCCUCCGGCGCUUCGAGAAGCAAGGGAUAAGGAGCUUACUUUCUCGGCUCUGGGCGCACUGAUAUGGUACCUUAGCAUGCUCAAGAUCGAACGAGAGCUUGUCACUUGUGGCAACUUCAACUGGUAUGACCCGAUCCGGAAAGCAUCCAGUCUCGUGCUUGAUGGACAAUCACUUAUCAAUCUCGAGAUCUUCGCCAACACAUUCGAUGGUAGCACAGAAGGCACUCUCUUCACAAUGCUGAACCGCUGCAUCUCGCCAUUCGGCAAGCGCAUGCUGCGCCAAUGGGUCUGUCAUCCACUUGCCGAUGCUCGUAGGAUCAAUCAGCGGCUCGAUGCUGUUGACGCACUCAACGCCGAUAGCACUGUCAUGGACCGCUUUACAGCAUCUUUAUCACGACUGCCUGAUCUUGAACGACUGAUCUCGCGCGUCCACGCCGGCAGAUGCAGACCCCAAGACUUCGUCAAGGUCCUCGAAGGCUUCGAGCAGAUUGAAUAUACUAUGUCGCUGCUUAGCUCCUUUGGGGCUGGAGAAGGUGUUCUCGGUCAGCUUAUUACAUCCAUGCCUGACCUGGCAGGUGCCCUCGAGGAGUGGAAAGAUGCUUUUGACCGACCAAAAGCCAAGGAAGAAGGCUUCUUUAUUCCACAACCUGGAGUCGAAGAAGAGUUCGAUGCUAGCCAGGAGCGCAUUGACGAUGUCGAGAAGGAAUUGCAGAAGCUGCUAAACAAGGCUCGCAAGGACCUCGGGUCCAGCACGAUCAAGUUCACCGACAAUGGCAAGGAGAUCUAUCAGCUGGAAGUGCCGCUGAAGGUCAAGGGUACGAUCCCGAAGGGCUGGAAGCAGGUCUCUGCCACGAAAGCCGUCAAGCGAUGGUACUUCCCAGAGCUCGAAGGCCUCGUGCAAGAUCUCAAAGAAGCUCAAGAAUCGCACGCGCAAGUGGUAAAGGCACUCAAUGGACGCUUCUAUGCUCGAUUCGAUGAGCACUACACUACAUGGCUAGCCGCUGUCAAGGUGGUGGCACAACUCGAUUGCCUCAUCUCUCUCGCCAAGGCGUCCAGCGCUAUCGGCUCGCCAUCAUGCCGUCCCGAAUUCAUCGAGGACGACGAUGCACCUAGCGUGCUACAAUUUGUUGAGCUUCGGCACCCAUGUAUCGAGACCACGACCAGCUUCAUUCCGAACGACAUAGCACUUGGUGGCGACGAGGCUACAAUGACUCUCCUCACCGGUGCCAACGCUGCUGGCAAAUCGACCGUGCUCCGCAUGACGUGCAUUGCUGUGAUCCUGGCCCAAGUCGGCUGCUACGUGCCUUGCGAGUACGCACGCAUGACACCCGUCGAUCGCAUCAUGUCUCGCCUCGGCGCCCACGACAACAUCUUCGCGGGCCAAAGCACUUUCAUGGUCGAAUUGUCGGAGACGAAGAAGAUUCUGUCGGAAGCCACACCUCGGUCAUUGGUGAUUUUGGACGAGCUCGGUCGUGGCACGAGUAGCUACGAUGGCGUGGCGGUCGCGCAAGCGGUGCUACAUCACAUCGCCACGCACGUCGGCUCCCUCGGGUACUUCGCCACGCACUACCACUCACUGGCGUCGGAGUUCGCUUCCCAUCCACAGAUCACGCCCAAGCGUAUGGCUGUACGCGUCGAGCACGACGUCCGCGAUGUCACGUUCUUGUACAAGCUCGAGGAAGGCGUGGCCGAGGGCAGUUACGGUAUGCAUUGUGCCGCCAUGUGUGGUAUUCCAGAGAAGGUCAUUAGGGCUGCUGAGCAGGCGGCCAUGAGCUGGGAGCAUACCGGUCGUAUCAAGGAGAGCGUGGAGAAGGCUCAGCAGAGCGAGUGGUUACCUCUCGGUAUGCUCAGUGACAUUGCCUGGAUGGUGAAAGAUCGCAAUGAUGCGGAUGAGGAGGAUUUGGGUGUCAGUGAGAAGAGUCUAGAGAUCCUGCGAAAGGCUAUCGCGGCUUUGUAA